CUGAGGGCAGCGAGGGAGUGGGGCAUUCCAGCCAGGAUCUUCUUCCAGUUUGGAUAUCAACCAUGAAGGCCUCCGUUCUUUUACUUGCUGUUGCUCUUGCAACUGCACAGCAGUUCAACGAGAGACGUGAGUUCAACACAGCCGUCAGACUUGCUGGUCCUGGAUUCUUCCAGCAAGGAGGAUCUUUUGCCAGUCGAUCAUCCAUUAACAACAACUCCAACCAACAGCGACAGUCUUUCUCCACUUCUGGAAACUUCCAGAACCAAAACAAUAACUUCCGGUCUGCCUCUUUUGGUAGUGACAGGAACUUAGGUUCCGCUCAGUCUUCCCUGAACAACAACCAGUUCCAGUCUGGAUCAACCUCCUUCUCCAGGAAUCAACAAAACAUAGGAACUCCAUUUGAUUCCAGGAACCAAAACCAGUUCCAGAAUAACCAAUUCCAGUCUACCACCAAUGCCAAUAAUUUCCAGCAGAACCAAUUCCUGAAUAAUUUCAACCAGCAGAAUUCUCAGAACCAGUUCCAAACCUCUUUCGAUAGAGACAACUCCAGGAACAGAUUCACAUUAGUGGAAAAUGUUCAGCUAACACCAUCUACUCGCUUCCAGACUACUUCUGGACAGCAGCCAUCUGGAAUAGCUUUUUUGCAGUCUAACAGAAACCAGCAGAACUCAGGUGACCAAUUCCAAGGGUCAAACUCUGCAAGCAACUUCCGUUCUAAUGACAACAACAGAUUCACCACUGGAAGUCAGUCUCAGUCCAGUGCUCAGUUCAGAUCAGGUUCCUCUUCCUCCAGUGAAUUCGACGGUGUUUUCGAACCCCUGAACCUUCCCUCUGGAGCCAGUGCCAUCCUCGGAAGCAUCUCCACUUCCUUCAGCUGCGUCGAGAGGCCUUAUGGCUACUAUGCUGACCAAGACAACUCCUGCCGUGUCUUCCAUAUCUGCAAUCCUUAUCUCUUCUCUGAUGGAGAAGUUCAGACUUAUCAGUACAGCUUCAUGUGCGGCGAGGGCUCCAUCUUCGACCAGAACGAGAUGACCUGCAAGGCCGAAUACGAAGCCACCCCUUGCCAGGAGGCCCAGAACUUCUACUUCAGGAACGAACAAUUCGGUCGCCCUGAGGAAAAGUCUUUCUAAGAUGCCGCAACAACGAAGACCUCAAGGAAGCCUGGGUUUUGUCUCGCGCGAGCGACAGCUAAAUGAAUGUCGUCAUAUUUCUGAAAAGAGUCGAACUGACUGACCAAAAAAAAUGAUGAUUGCAUCAGCAUACAUUAUUUAAAAAGGUUUAUGUAAAAUAAAGUCGAAAUCAA